AAUAAAUGUAGUGAAAGAAAAUCUCAAUUUUAUUUAUUUAUUUUGGUGUUUUUGUGUUUUGAUAGAACAAUCGAGUUUAUGGUAAUUGGAGUAGUAAAGCAUUAAAGAUUGUUAAAUUAGGAAAGUGAGAACCCAUUAGGAAAAUCCAGAAAGUGGAGGCUUUCUUAAAGGGUUAUAGAUAAGUAGCUUUUUUGAGUAUUGAAGAUUUUAAUUUAAGGAUUUUAUUAUACUUAAAAGUAGUUUCUAAAAGGGGGUAUUAGUGGUUUAGUACUUUAUUGCUCUCAGUGAUGAUCUGCUAAAUAUUCUGCUUUAGUUUUAUAGAACGUCAAAUGAGAUUGAAUGGGAGAAUUUGUCUCUAAGAGAUUGAAUGGGAGGUUGUUUGGUAAAUUUUGAAUGUGGGUGUUUUGGUAACUGUGACACAGGCCAAGUUUUGAAUCGACAUUGAGGAUGUCAAGACCUUGGGCCCUUGUUUGUUUGCUCUUGUUAAUUGUAUUUACAUCACAAUUUGAAUGGAAACAACAGUAUGGAAAUGAGAUUGAAGCUACUCCAGAUACUUCCAGGAGGCAACAAUAUAUAUCUGAAAGAGAAGAAUCUGUCAAAGAAAAAAUUAUUCUCUCUCAGGAGAAAAAUAUACAGAAACUUAAUGAGCUUGUACAAAGUCUUCGGGAGCAAUUGCUACAGUGCAAGGGUGAAAAUGAGGCUGACAAUGGCACUACAACCCCGCUCACAGAACUUCUAACUGAGCUUGAGAGACAACCUGUCCUGAGGACUAGUCCUGGGCCCCUGGCUAGUAUGUUUUAAUUGUCAACAUACCCUAAACUUGUAAGUAGGAAAGAAAAACUUCUCUUUAUAAGAAUCUAGCUAAACCCGAAAUUGCAGAAACAGUAAUUAUUGUAUGUUGUUUAACUUGUAAGUAUCUAAUCUAUUCUAUAUUGAGUCCAAGAUGUUUUCUUUCUUUUUUUUCAUGGGGGAAGGUAGUGGUGUGGUGCUAUAUGGAAUUACAUACCUUUACAGUUUCUGUAUUCUAGUUCAAUCUGCUAAAGUUGGAGACGUACCAUUACUGUAAUACCUAGUAUGAAACUUGAAUUUGAAUUUGAGCAUGACAGUAUUUUUUGAAUUUACACAGAGCCCUAGAAGUUCAUUGUAGGUUGGUA